AUGCGCCUCUGGGCUCGGCACUUCUUCGGCGACCUGCGCCGCCGCGAUCGCGUGGCCGUGUUGGGCGCCAUGCCGGGCCUCGGCGACGCCAGGAACAACGAGUUCAAGCUGCUCUUCGUCCAGGCCAACCACCGCCUCGCGCGGAUCAAGGCCACCCCGCCCGUGCCGGCGCCCAAGGGCCUCACGCUCAACCGAGUCGAAGAAUUUGCCCACCUCGCCGACAUGGUGCAUCACACCUACCACGCUGCAGAGCGACGUAUCGUCUGA